CAAUUUUUAAAAGAAGACACGUGGACGAAUCGUAACGGGUUAUGGGAAAAAGAGCGGGGGUUUUAGGAUUAACAAACCGACUUCCGAUAACCAACAACGACGGUGUGAAACGGCUUUUAAAUAUCUCUGCCGUCUUUGGCGAUUGUUCUUUCGUUUUCAAUUCAACGGCUGCGAUUCUCUCUCUCUCUCUCUCUCCCCGACCAAACCCAUCUUCGAAACUCUAUACUACACGCAAAAAAAAAAACUCCAUCUUUUGGUGAUUAAUAAAGUUCGACACUUUUUCCCAUUUUCUUUUUUGGGGGGGAUAAAAUGGGGUAUGAGCCUGAUCCAGAUGUUCUUCGGUGGGGUCUCCACGACCUCGAGGUUUGUACACUUACAAACGCUGGCUCUUGCCGCAGCGUUACGCGUUACGAGACGACGGAUCCUGUUGCUCAAGAAGGCUACGUUAGAGAAGGUUACAAUUACAACCAGCCGAACAAUGUAGACAACGAUGCUGUUAUCGCUCAGUUUUACCAAGACGAGUUGUCCAGAGUUGAUCGAGACCAUGCUGCAUCUGACAACAAUCCUAGUCGAACUUCUGUUGUUGUUUCGCAAGAAUGGCCUCCAGCCACUGGUAAUCAUCAUCAUCAUAAACAGAACGGUGACGUGGAAGAUAAAAACGUUGGGAAUCAAAGCUCACCAUCUCGUGGUGAUGAUGACUCAGUUUGUUCUGUAGAAGUUGAAGAAGAAGAAUCUUGGUCUGAGUUUGGGAAGCGACUCAACCAAUUGAUUCCUAUUGCUCAUGUGCCAAAAAUAAAUGGGGAGUUGCCGUCAGAGGAUGAACAGAUUUCUGAUCAUGGACGGCUGUCUCAGAGAUUACAGCUUUAUGGCUUGGUGGAGAACAAGAUUCAAGGAGACGGAAACUGCCAGUUUCGAGCACUCUCAGACCAGCUUUACCGCUCUCCACAGCACCAUGAUGCUGUUAGAGAGCAAGUUGUUAAUCAGCUUGCGUAUAAUCGAGAGAUGUAUGAAGGUUAUGUUCCAAUGGCGUUCAACGACUAUCUUAAAACAAUGAAACGGAAUGGAGAAUGGGGUGAUCACGUUACGCUUCAGGCUGCUGCGGAUUGGUUUGGUGUUAGGAUGUUUGUGAUAACAUCAUUCAAGGAUACAUGUUACAUUGAGAUCUUGCCUCAUUUGCAGAAGUCCAAUCGCCUUAUAUGUUUAAGUUUCUGGGCUGAGGUUCAUUACAACUCAAUCUAUCCUGAGGGAGAGCUGCCGGUACCAGAAGGCAAGAAGAAGAAGAAGAAAUUUUGGGUUUUCUGAGCUCUCUGUUUCUUCCAGAUGGAGCGAGCACAACAAGUUGAGGAAGUCUGAAUAAAUCAUCAUGUUUAUUCUUUUUACUAACGUGACUUAGAGAAUCUAUAGAGCCGCAUGAUCUUUGUAUAUACUGAAUAUAAUCCCAUCAAAGGCAUUAACCAUAGUGUGUUCAAAGGCUGUACUUUAAAUAAUAUAGAUGUUGGAAUAAAUCGCUAAAGGAAGGUUACAGUU